AGCAAAGCAGCAAUGACUCUCACCAAGGAAACCCGUGUCACUCUUAAUGAUGGCAAUAUGAUGCCAAUCCUAGGACUUGGCACUUAUGCUGCUCCUGAAGUGCCCAAAAGUCUUGGGGAGGAAGCUGUGAAAAUUGCCAUUGACCUUGGUUACCGACACAUUGACUGCGCCUUCAUCACCGGCAAUGAGAUCCAGAUUGGGAAUGGCAUUCGUUCCAAGAUUGCUGAUGGAACAGUCAAGAGAGAUGACAUCUUCUACACGGGAAAGCUCUGGUGCACGUACUUUUCCCCUGAAAUGGUACGCAAAGGUCUGGAGAGAUCUCUGAGGGAUGUUGGACUGGAUUAUCUGGAUCUCUUCCUUAUGCACUGGCCCUUCUCCCUGAAGCCUACUGGAGCAUCUGAUCCCUCCGAUAAGGACAAGCCUUUCAUAUAUGAUAACGUGGACCUUUGUGCUACAUGGGACGCUCUAGAGGCAUGCAAAGAUGCGGGUUUGGUGAGAUCCCUUGGAGUAUCAAACUUUAACCGCAGGCAGCUGGAACGUAUCCUGAACAAACCAGGACUGAAGUACAAGCCAGUUUGCAACCAGGUGGAGUGUCACCUAUAUUUAAAUCAGAACAAACUUCUCUCUUACUGCAAAUCCAAGGACAUCGUUUUGGUGGCUUACAGCGUCUUGGGCUCACACAGAGACAGGAACUGGGUGGACCUUAGCUUGCCAGUCCUACUUGAUGAUCCAAUUUUGAAUAGAGUUGCUGCUAAGUACAAUCGCUCCCCUGCAGAGGUCGCCAUGCGCUUCAUUCUCCAGAAGGGAAUUGUGGUCUUGGCCAAAAGCUUUACCCCUGCUCGUAUCAAGCAAAACCUUGGGGUCUUUGAAUUUGAACUAAAACCUGAAGACAUGAAAACACUUGACAGCCUAGACAGAAACCUACAUUAUGGGCCUUUCAAAGAGAUGAAGCAGCACCCAGAAUAUCCCUUCCAUGAUGAGUACUGA